AUGUGCCACACCAGCUGCUCUUCAGGCUGCCCGAUGGCCUGCCCUGGCUCCCCAUGCUGCGUCCCCAGCACCUGCUACCCACCCCAGGGCUGUGGGACCUCCUGCUGCUGCUCAGCCCCCUGUGUGAUUCUGCUGUGCCAGCCCCUGUGUGGGGUGUCCACCUGCUGCCAGCCGGCCUGCUGUGUGCCCAGCCCCUGUCAGGUGGCCUGCUGUGUGUCUGUGAGCUGCAAGCCUGUUUUGUGUGUGGCCUCCUUCUGCCCAACCUCUGGGUGCUGCCAGCCCUCCUGCCCCACCCUGGUCUAUAGACCGGUCACCUGCAGCACCCCCACCUGCUGCUGA